CUUCUGGGGCAGUCAGGCCUCCGCCUAUAAGUCCAGGGUGCCAACUGCUCUUGGCCACCACUUCCCCUUCACCUCCUGGCACCCACCGUCAAUCAGACCCUGUUGCUUUGAUUAGCUUCCCAUUGGACCUCUCACAAUGGCAUGCCCCCUCGACCAAGCCAUUUGCCUUCUAGUUGCCAUCUUCCACAAAUAUUCAGGCAAGGAAGGUGAUAAGAACACUCUAAGUAAGAGAGAGUUGAAGGAGCUGAUCAAGAAGGAGUUGACCAUUGGAGAGAAAUUGAACGACACGGAGAUCCAGGGACUGAUGAAGGAUCUGGACCGCAACGGAGACCAAGAGGUGAACUUCCAGGAGUACGUCGCUUUCUUGGGCGCCUUGGCGAUGAUUUACAACGAAGCUUUGAAAUCAUAAAUGUAGGCUGGCCCAGGUGGGGCAAGGUGUUGUGGUCUGGAAUUAUACCUCCGCAAGGGGUUUAACGUCCAAUAAAAUUUAAGUUUUGUAAAGUU